UGGAAGUUUCCCUUUGAUCCUCAUGACACAUUUGAAUCUGAGUUUCACUUGGAUAAGGACAGAUCUGUGAAGGUGCCAAUGAUGAAAAUUGAGCGCCUGACCACACCCUACCUCCGGGAUGAGAAGCUCUCCUGCACUGUGGUGGAGCUGAAGUACACAGGCAAUGCUAGCGCCCUGUUCAUCCUCCCUGAUGUGGGCAGGAUGCAGCAGGUAGAAGCCAGCUUGCAGCCAGAGACCCUGAGGAAGUGGAGGGACUCUCUGAGUCCCAGGAUGAUCGAUGAGCUCUAUAUGCCCAAGUUCUCCAUCUCCACUGACUACGGCCUGGAGAAAAUCCUUCCACAGCUGGGCAUCAGAGAAGUCUUCUCCACACAGGCUGACCUGUCUGGGAUCACAGGGUCCAAGAACCUGAGGGUCUCUCAGGUGGUCCACAAGGCUGUGCUGGACGUGGCUGAGACAGGCACAGAAGCAGCAGCUGCCACAGGAUUCAAACUGAUCCCACUCUGUAGGAAAAUUAUUUCUAUGUCAGUGCGUUUCAACAGGCCAUUUUUGAUGUUUGUCUCUGAAGCAAAUACUCAGAUGAUCCUCUUUCUGGCCAAAAUAUCCAACCCCAAGUGUGGCUAGAACUUUCCAAGGUGAGAGCCUUCUGCACAGGUGCCCAGGAGGGAGAAGGCAUGUGGGUGUGUGCAUUUUUGACAAAAUUCUCUGAUUGGCUUUGUACACCUGGCUUGGAUAGUGACUGUGACUAACUCCAUGGCUCCCACAUGCACAGGAGCCUUAGACUUCAGUGUCUGCCUCAGGCCUCCUGGGAGCACCUGCUCAUGUUCUGAACGUGGAAUCUGUCUUAUGUCCUCCUGCUGCUCACUGCCCUGUAUGUGCCUGUACCCAAGUGUGGGCACUGGCAGGCAGGCUCGGUCCCAGUGUAAUCUCUAGGCACAUCUGCUUUCAGCUUCCGUGGCCUUGCUGGGAUCAUGUAAGCUCACAGGCCAAUCCAUGAGGAUCAGGCCCAGGACUGAGAGGGAACCUGCUGCACUGACUCUCAUUCCGGCAUCGGGUACCACCUGGUGACAAGUUCCUGCCUUGUGCUUCCCUCCUCCAGUCCCCAGGCUCUGCAACCCACCCCUUGCAGCAGAUGCUGGCCGUGCCCUUAUCUGACCAAUGUUGCAGGCUUCACUCCUGUUGAAAGGCUGUUGGUCAGAAAAACUCCUUUCCUGAUAGCACCCCUACUUACAGUAGAAUACCCAUUUUCUUAGUCUGCAACUAUCAUCCUCGCAUUCCAGUUUGAUACCCCCGCAUUCCUUACUGUAUAUGCAGGCCUUGCAACAAAGGAUCAAUAAACGGAUA